UAGCAUGGACAGCACGGCACAUCGCCUGAACAUCGUGGAAGCCGGCAACUGCAGUCCCGCUGAACUGCCGGUCACUUCCGGUGCCGACGGUCUCAUCCUGUCGCAGACCAUUAAGAUUGUGGUGUUGGGCGCCGCUUGCGCCGGGAAAAGCAGUGUUAUUAAGCAAUUCCUGGGCAAUGGACAGGACUUCAGUGAGCAGUACGACCCGACGGAUCGGCGGUGUAAUUACUUCAAGACGGUACUGUGCUUCGACACCAACCUGCACACCAUCACGCACUGGGCACUGAAGAUAGUCGACGUGCCGGUGACGGAGAUCCCGAUCGCUUCGCUGUACUCUUGGAGCAACUUCCUGCAGUACGACGUGGGCCACGCCGCCGUCUACGUGCUGGUGUUCGACGUCAGCGCUCAGAUGCACAGCUGGGAUUUUGUGCGCUCCAUCCGCGACCAAUUGAUCAGCCAUCCCAACACGUGCCAGGCCCUAAUCUUCGUCGUGGCCAACAAGGUCGACCUACCUUACCAGCUCAGCCGCGCUGACCUCAUGCACACUGUACAGAAAAUCUGGAAGCACGGCUACGUGGAGUGCUCAGCCAAGAAGAACUACCACGUCCUCGGACUCUUCCAGGCCAUCAUCGAGGCCGUCCAGAUUAAACUGCAGUCGCAGGCCGAAACGCGCCUGAAGCAGGACGGACUGCGUUUCGGCUUCAGCUGGCGCCGCUUCCGCCUCAACAAGCCCCACAAGUGCUCCAUUCAGUAGCUGAAAGAAAUUAGACACGACCAUCAAGCUCCUUACUAUGCGGCAAAUGCAACGGGACUCAAUGGGACGGAGCUCGCUUUCUUUUUUAGCAGUGCAUUCUCUGGUGCAUGCACGCUAAGUGCAGUAUUCGCUGUUGCCACUGAAUCACUCUCGACUCCCAUUUUCCCGCUGGUGUGAUAGAUUAAAUCAUUAAAGGGUAUGUACGAUAAGUGGCAGUGGCUACGUACGGAGUUCGAAAAGUCCGGACCGCGCUCCACGAGUACAUGAAUGAAUGAUCGUUCCUUCUUUAACGUUAAAAAGGAAUGUCCAAUCAUUCUGUGCACCUAGAGCACGGCCGUGCUAAAGUACGCAGAUCGGGUUGCUCCGCUGAACAGCAGACACAUUGCGUUUUUUGUAAAGAGCCGGCCACUGGGCAGUAAGCAGCGCAUUUAACCUAAUUUAAUUCGAGUUAGACCAGGUA